UUGAUUUGAUAGUGAGAGUAACAAAUCUUGUUUAAUUUAAAACCAGUCACCAUGAAGUUAUUUUUAAUUUCGCUCUGUUUCGCAUUUGCCCAAAGCGCAAAAAUUCUGGGGGUGUUCAACCAUGCGGGGGCCAGUCACACAUCCAUUGGUAAAGUGCUAUUGAAAAAUUUGGCCAAGAGGGGGCACCACGUUACCAUGAUCAGUUCCUACCCAAUGGACGAACCAGUGGAUAACUACAGGGAUAUUUUCCUUUAUGAAAAUUUGGAAGAUUUCAAACAACGUGAAAAAAUGUACUUCACUAAAGACAAAACCAACGAAUUGGAGACGCUAAGGAACAUGACGUUAACUCACACCGAAAACACUUUUACCAACCCCCAAGUGAAAGAACUUCUCGAGUCAAAUGAGACUUUUGAUUUGGUGAUAAUUGAUUGGUUUUUCAACGAAGCUUCGCUUAUUUUCGGCCACCGGCUCAAAGCGCCGGUGAUUUACGUGUCGGCGUUUGGAAAUAUGCUGUUUCUGAACGACUUUACGGGAAAUACUUUACCGUAUUCUUACGUCCCGGGUGCUGCAUUGUCCACUAGUGACGAAAUGUCCUUUAAACAUCGGGUGGUAAUGACUUUACUGAACUUGGGCUAUAAUUUAGUGCUUCCCUGGCGGAAUCAAGCCCAGUAUGAGAUUCUCAAGCGCCAUUUCGUUGAUCCUCCAAGUAUUGAAGAACUUAAAGAAAAUAUAGCGCUGGUUUUGGCCGUUUCUCACUUCAGUUUUGAGACUUCAAGACCUUACACACCCAGUGUUGUACCAGUGGGUGGUUUCCACAUCGACGAAUUGAAACAAUUACCCAAAGACUUGGAAAAAUUUCUCAAUAGUGCCAAAAACGGGGCGAUUUUUUUCAGUCUCGGGAGUCAAAUAAAGUCGACUAAUCUUGAAAAAAACACUUUUGCAAGCAUAGUCAAAGCUUUGGGUAAACUACCACAGAAAAUAUUGUGGAAGUACGAAAGCGACGACUUUAUUAAUUUGCCCAAAAACAUAAAAAUCGUCAAGUGGGCACCGCAGUUGGAAAUUUUGGCGCACCCUAAUGUUAAAUUGUUUAUUUCUCACUGUGGCACUUUAAGUUUCAUUGAAUCGAUUCAUUUCAAUAAACCCUUGCUUUGUCUUCCCUUUAACGGGGACCAGCUCACGAACGCAGCCUUUGCUCGGUCGAGACAGUUUGGGGCUCACAUUUCUCCAGAUGAAAUCACAGAAGACAGUCUGUUUAAUAAAACCACAGAAGUGUUAACUAACCCAUUAUAUCGGAAGCAAAUGAAUUUUCACUCGUCUUUGCUGCGAGAGCAGCCCAUGAAACCAAUGGAUUUGGCCAUUUUUUGGGUGGAACAUGUGAUAAAUCACCGAACUGGUGAUCAUUUAAAAACUUUCGCUACGAAGCUUCCGUGGUAUAAAUAUUAUCUUGUCGAUGUUAUUGGGUUUUUUCUGGGUGUGGUUUUUAUUGUUGUUAAAAUUGUGUUGUUUUUAAUUAAGUUUGUUGUUCGAAGGGUGAGUAGGUUGUCUAAGAGUGAAAUUAAGGCGAAAAAUGAUGAAAAAAAUUCUCAUCACAGUGUUGUGUUUUUGCGAAUGUGUAGAGUAAAAACCAUGAAAGUUUCCAAAAUUUUUUUAAUUCUUCUAUUAUCACUUUCCAAUGUGAACUGCGCCCGCAUUUUAGGAAUUUUCCACGUCCCGAGCAAAAGCCACCACAUCUUAGGCAGCAAACUACUAAAGACAUUAGCCGAAAAAGGCCACCAGGUCACAAUGAUCAGUCCCUACCCCUUCAAAACGAAAAUAAAAAAUUACCGCGACAUUUUCAUCGAAGAAAUGCUAGAAUACAAACAAGAAAAGUUGCAACAAAUCAUGGGCCCUAACAACACCAUCCUGGGCCAACUUAACAUCGCCUGGAGCCUAUUUUACAACAUGAGCGACAUUGUUCUCUCACACAAACAAGUCAAGGAGUUAAAAACUGAAAAUUUCGACUUGGUGAUUCAAUAUCCGCUAUUUUCGGAAAGCUUGCUCGGGCUUGCCCACCAAUGGGACGCCCCUGUGAUCCUCUUCAACACUUUAGGGACUGUCCCGGCCCUCGACCGCAUCACCGGAAACCCCUCCCCUCCUUCCUUCGUCCCCACAAUGAACCCACUUUUCGUCCCUAGUUCCGAAAUGACCUUUUUCCAACGCGUCGUCAACACGUUAAACGUCUGGGCGGAUUAUUGCCUCACCUCACCUAUUUUAACAACCCAGCAACAAUCACUCGUAACCAAACACUUCCCGGACGCCCCCACUUUACAACACUUGGUCGAAAAAGUGGCUUUGGUGUUCGUCAACUCGCAUUACAGCAUCGAAGAUCCCAGACCUUACGUCCCAAACUUGAUACAAGUCGGUGGCCUGCACGUGGACGAACCCAAACAACUGCCACAAGAACUGAAGGGGUUUCUGGACGCUGCCAAAACCGGCGCUGUUUUCUUCAGUCUGGGCUCCAACGUCAAAAUUUCCAGCCUAGGGGGGGAGAAACUACGGGCGAUUUUGACAGUUUUGGGUGCUCUUCCGAUGAAAGUUUUAUUCAAAACUGACGAAAACUUGGACAAUUUGCCCCCAAAUGUUAAAGUGGGUAAGUGGUUGCCCCAGAAUGAUAUUUUGGGGCACCCGAACGUAAAACUGUUUGUCUCACAUGGGGGCUUGUUGAGCACAAUUGAGGCCGUUUACCACGGGGUGCCAAUUAUUGGAAUUCCGAUUUUUGGCGACCAGAGGCGGAAUAUUGAAGAUUGUGUGCGGAAAGGUUUUGCAAUUAAAGUCGAACUGAGUGAUUUAAACGAGCAGUUAUUUGCCGAUUCGAUUGAAGAAAUGUUGGAAAAUCCAAAGUAUCGGGAAAACGUCCAACUUCGGUCGUCGCUUAUCAGAGGUGAGCCGAUAAAACCGCUUGAUAAGGCGGUUCAUUGGGUGGAGCACGUGUUGAAGUACAAGGGGGCCGAACAUUUGAAAAAUGCCUCAACUAAGUUGAAUCUACUCCAGUAUUUGUUAAUCGAUGUGGUUGCGUUUAUUGUCGCUGUCUUUCUCUUGGUGUUGCUUAUUUUGUACAAAUGCGUGAAGGGAGUUGUGUUUUUGGUGUGUAAAGUGACAAGGAGGGGGGAGAAGGCGAAGAAAGAGUGAAAUAAUCAAAGGUUUAACAUCCAAAUAUACGCCAUUUUAUUAUAGCUCUAACAAAAUCAUAAAGUAUAAUACAAAAUGCUAUCGUAACUA